AUGUCAGCACGGGAAGGGCGCGCAGGGGAGGGGCGAGAAGGGGGAGGAGGGGUAGGGGACGCACAGGCAGGCAGGAGGGUUGACGGGGAGGCUGGACUCGACCCGCUGCAAAUCGCACCUGCAGUGGCAUCGGAAGCAGGGUCUGCAGAGUCUAGAUCUGCACUGGGGGUGAAUGGAGCACCUCAGGCAGAGGGAACACUGUCAGGGCAUGAAAGAGAGGGGGUGGGGGCGGCAUCACAUGACGGGGCGAUGGGGACGGCGGGGAUGGGGAGAGCAGUUAUCGGGGGUGGGAGAACGGGGAGUGCUCGCAAGCAGAGCCUCUCUAUUGGCCCCAUGCAGCAGCAGCAGCAGCAGCAGCAGAGGAGGGGUGCAGGAGUGGAAGCGCGAUUUGAAGGGCACAGACCGCCGCCAUCGCCAGGGUCUGCUGCCCGGCACAAGGAGAGGGCGUUUCGACGCGCCAGCACUGAUUUCAGUGACCGAACUGACUUCAGUGACCGCACAGGCUUGGACCGCCGCCAUACAAGCUUGGACGGCAACAAGGGCUUGGAGGCGGCUGAGCGGUCUUGUUACAAUAACCGCGGGGCUGCGGCAUCCGCGGGUGCACAGGAGAGUGCGGAGUUCAAUGCCCAAGGGAUUGCAGCAUUUGAUGCACAGGGGGAUGUUGCACCGGACUCGCAGAGGGGGUUACCAUCACAAUUGGAAGAGUCUGUGCCAUUGCCUGAACCCACUCUCCUGCAGAAAGAAAGGGUGUUUCGGCGGGCAAGCUCAGACUGGAGUGACCGUGGUUCCUGGGAGCCUGGCGGGCGGUCACAUCAUGACAAUCACGAGGGGUAA